AUGGAUUCUAUUCAAAUGAGCAUAGAUGAAAAGUUUAUACCGGAUGGCACUGCCAGUUCCUUACCAGAUACAACUGUUGACACGGAUACUGAAGCUAUGGGAUGUGACGAUUCGCUGUCCGAAUAUAUGGUUAAAACCACUGCAUCCUCUGGCACCUCCGCUUUCUCCGCCGCGCAGCUGGCUAAGUUCAGAGCUGCUCGAAAUGAGGAGCUGUUUCCUGAUGAGGUUGAAACCCCACCAUUUUUACCAGCUCGCGAACGGUUCUCAAAAUAUCGAAGUCUGCCUAAAUUCCAUGGAAGUGUCUGGCCUGUGGAAAAAGACACGCUUCCUCUACAUUACGAAAACAUCGCAUGCUUUCGGAAUUACCACCGCAAUCGACGUUCCAUUGCCCGAUAUCUGCAGAAGCGUAUUGCGACCGUCGAAAAAGAUCAGUCCUCCACUCUGAAAUACGUCCCAGUUGGCGUAUUUGUUCAAUUGUGCAUCGGCCCAAUGAACAAAGAAACAAUUGAGGCCAUCCUGGAUCGACAUUCCUCUGAGACAAUCGAUUCAUCAAAAGAAUCUCUGGCCCCUCACCCUCUUGUUGUCUGGUCUUUGUUACCCCAUGAGACACGUAUUUCUGUGUGUCAUUACACAAUGCGCCGAGUCAAUCGCGCGAUGGAAGCUCUCUCGGAUGUGGUCGCCUUAGCGAAUGCGGCAAAUAAAGCAAGCGAAAAUGCCACCUUGGCUUCUGCGGAGAACGCUGCGCUGGAAUUUGGCGAGGAGGCUUCCACACGUGUGGAAAUGGAGAGCGAGACUGUGCAGGAUUCAUUUACGCAGUAUAAAAAUGCGAGUCUGCGGAAGUCUAGGCUUGCUUCAGAUGACCCAACUCUGCCUCCGGAAGCUGAACCGAUCAAGUCAAAAGAGCUAAUGCUAUUCCAGGUGAGUUUGAUUCCUAUUUUGAUGAUGCUACCAACCUCAUGUUGGAGAACCUAUGAAGGUUGUCUUUAUAAUUUUUAG